AUGACUAGUCAAGCCGGCUGCGACCACGCGAUAAACAGCUUUUAUGGAAUUUUUAAUUUUGAUGGUGCCAUUCCAACAUUAUCUAUCCGCUUUCCAGGACCAUAUUCCUUCACCAGAUAUUUGAGGAGAGGAAUUAAAUCGCGCAAUGGAUUUGUUGUCUGUACGGAAAGGUCGAGACAUCUACAGCCCACGACACCUGCUAGAUCGUCGAAAUCCGUCGAUCCGAGAUUGACUGAGACCGUCUCAUCAACUACCCCGUCGGGCGACGACACGAGGAUCUUUGGAUUCAUCAUCAUGCGCAACCAAGAUUCGCAGGUGUUGCAAAAACCGUGUCAGAACCACCCAUGCACGAUCUCAAGGAGCUGGAAAAUCUUCUGGUUU